CAAAAGAGGAAGAAGAAGGCAUAUGCUCAGACUUCUUUGACUUGAUUCCUCUCCUUCCAAAAGAAUAUCCAUAGCUUGAGUCUCAUCAUCACUGGAGAUUCCUUUUAAAAAAGAAAUCUUUCUGAGCAAAACCAUUUUAAUACAUCACGUAUUCAUUUACCCACUAUUCUAUAAAACUAUUUCUUCUCCAACAUCAUGACCCCUCCUACUCUCUCUAUAAGUCCUACUCUCUCUCCUCCUUUACUCUCUAACCCAAAUUCCCCUUCUUCUUCUUCUUCUUCCUUUUCUUCCUCUUCCUACGGUUUUCAUACUGUCAAAUUUUCGUCUGUUAAGUCUUUCAGAAGAAAACCCAUCACUCUCAUUUCCAAUCAAUCAAGCACUGCAACUACUACAAGACAAGUUUUUGUUCGAGCAAACAAUAUGACUAUUACCGAGGUGCGAGACGAAGAGGAAGAGAAUCCUCCUGCGACGAUUGAAUCCGAUACAAAUAUAAGGCCUCGUCGGAUUGCUCUCUUUGUUGAGCCUUCUCCAUUUUCAUAUGUAUCAGGAUAUAAAAACAGGUUCCAGAAUUUUAUAAAAUAUUUGCGUGAAAUGGGGGAUGAGGUAAUGGUUGUGACAACACAUGAAGGCGUUCCUCAGGAAUUUUAUGGAGCAAAAUUGAUUGGAUCGCAGAGCUUCCCCUGCCCUUGGUACCAGAAAGUUCCCCUAUCCCUUGCACUUAGUCCCAGGAUAAUCUCAGAAGUCGCACGUUUUAAGCCUGACAUAAUACAUGCUUCAUCACCUGGUAUAAUGGUUUUUGGUGCUCUUGCUAUUGCAAAAAUGUUGUGUGUACCGAUUGUGAUGUCUUAUCACACCCAUGUUCCAGUAUACAUCCCAAGAUACACGUUUAGUUGGUUGGUGAAACCUAUGUGGUUGAUUUUGAAAUUUCUUCACAGAGCAGCUGAUCUAACUUUGGUGCCAUCAGCUGCCAUAGCAAAGGACCUUGAAGCAGCUAGGGUGACAGCAGCUAAUAAGAUUCGCCUUUGGAAUAAGGGUGUUGACUCUGAAAGUUUCCACCCACGUUUCCGCUCUCAUGAAAUGCGGUUAAGACUAAGCAAUGGGGAACCAGAGAGACCAUUAGUGAUUCAUGUUGGUCGACUCGGGGUCGAGAAGAGUUUGGAUUUCCUCAAGAGUGUCAUGGAUAAACUACCAGAAGCUCGAAUUGCUUUUAUUGGAGAUGGGCCAUACAGGGAGGAGCUAGAAAAGAUGUUUUCUGGCAUGCCUGCAGUGUUCACCGGGAUGUUACAGGGUGAAGAGCUCUCACAGGCAUAUGCGAGUGGGGAUGUUUUUGUGAUGCCUUCAGAAUCCGAGACACUGGGACUUGUUGUUUUGGAGGCCAUGUCUUCGGGGAUCCCUGUUGUGGCAGUUCGUGCUGGGGGAAUUCCAGACAUCAUUCCACCAGAUCAGGAUGGCGAAACUGGCUUUCUCUUUAAUCCUGGAGAUGUUGAUGAUUGCUUGAGCAAAUUGAAGCCUCUUUUAUAUAACAGUGAGUUGAGAGAGAGCAUUGGUGCAGCUGGACGUGAGGAAAUGGAGAAAUACGAUUGGAGAGCAGCAACUAGAAAGAUACGUAACGAACAAUAUAAUGCUGCCAUUUGGUUCUGGCGCAAGAAGAGAGCUCAGCUUCUAAGACCUCUACAAUGGUUGGCAAAACGCCUUUUCCCAUCACCAGAAAUUAACUGCAGAUGAUGCAGAGAGUCCCCUCAAGAACAAAAGAGGGGAAUGGGGAGGAUGGAAAAGAUGUAAAGCUGGUUUGGGGUUUGGUUUGGGUUUCGAAGAAGCCCCAAAGAGGUGGUAUGCGUAUAAUUUGAUUGUUUGUGAUAUUUUCACUUCUUUGUGUGAAGGAUCUUCGAUAUGGUUUGUCCUUGUAUCAAAACUGAAUGAUUCAAUAUGAAGGGUAGUUAGGGCCAGAGUUAUUCCCUUUUUUUC